AUACAAAUAUUAUAAUAUAUUAUACUAUAUAUACACACACAUCUCCUCUUCACAAAUCAUACUCAUCAAUAAAACAGUAUCAUUUCUUAGCAUUUUUUUUAUCAUAUGGAGAAUAAAAAGUUCCCCAAAAUGGCUCUUUUUUUCCUCUCUUUCUUGUAUCUCAUUGCUUUCUCAGGGGCGGUUGCAUCGAAUGGGAUCGGUAUAAGCUAUGGGCGGCUAGGAAACAACCUUCCGUCUCCAGCGCUAUCAAUCGAACUCUUGCAAAACAUGAGUGUGAGUCGAGUCAAACUUUACGACGCUGACCAUGAAAUACUCCACCUUCUAUCAGGAAAGAAUAUUGACGUUGCGAUCACUAUCGCAAAUGAUGAAAUCUCGGCAAUCGCUGCAAACCAACACCUUGCAGACCAAUGGGUGUAUGAACAUGUCCUAGCCCACUAUCCCAACACUAGAAUUCGGUUCGUGCUCGUUGGGCAUGAAGUUUUCAGCACCAUUGGCACGGAACAAGAUAUGCAAAUAGCGCGCGAUCUUCUACCUGCCAUUAGACGGAUUAAAAACACCAUAAAAGCACAAGGGAUUCACAACAUCAAAGUAGCAACACCUCUUGCAAUGGACAUGAUGUCAAUAACAUUUCCACCUUCAAACGGAAGCUUUAAGCCCGAGAUAGUCGACCUCAUGGCCCCAUUGCUAAAAUACAUAAACGCGACAAAAUCUUAUCUCUUUGUAGAUGUUUACCCUUACUUCGCAUGGUUCGAAAAUCAAGCCAUGAAUCAAACUAGCAUAAACCUUGAUUAUGCUUUACUUAGAAGUGUAAAUGUAACCUACACUGACCCACAAACCGGGUUCAUGUACACGAACCUCCUAGACCAAAUGCUUGACUCAGUGGUCUAUGCAAUGGCUAAACUUGGAUAUAAUGAUGUGCAACUUGCUAUUUCAGAAACAGGCUGGCCACACGCAGGCGAGUCGGGUGCAAGCCCAGAAAAUGCAGCUGAGUACAACAACAAUCUCGUACGAAAGAUGACUGCGGUCCCAAGUGUUGGAACUCCAGCCCGGCCCGGGGAGGUUAUACCAACUUUUAUAUUCUCGUUGUAUGAUGAGGAUCAAAAAUAUGGGCCGGCUACUGAAAGACACUGGGGCUUGUUAAAUCCUGAUGGGAGUCCUGUUUAUCAUGUGAAUAUAACUGGGAAGGGUGCAUCUGAUUAGAUAUCAACUUCAUUCAUCGAUGAAAUAAUUCAUAGUAAUCAAGGCUAGCUAUAGAAGUAGUGCAUUAAUCUUCAUAUGUUGUAACACUUUUGUAAUAUUGUUGCAUUGGUUUAACAUUUAUAAAUUUAUACAUUAGUGCAUUAGUUUUGAA